UUGUCCACUUGGUCAGCUGUGGUUUCAUUUGCGUCUAGAAACUUGAUGCUCUGCUCUGCCAGUGUAGGAGGAGGAAGAAGGGUAGCUAGCAAAGGUGCGCACAGUCAGGAAAGUUAAGAGAGCGAAGUCGCGUGUCACGCAAGGAUCAUCGGGGAAAGUAAUACAUAGUCUGACAACACACUCCAAGACAGAUGGACAGGAAGAAUUUGAAUAUUGUUGUGCAGCCGAGGGAAAAGACCUACGUGUACUUGUGGACCUGCAGCCAGUUCAAGCAAGAGCAAACAGAGUGGGAUGCAGUGAACAGAGUCCUGCAGCACCAUGGAUUCAAGCCAGUCCACUUUGCCGAUCCAAUGGAGAACAAGAACCUUGCAGAUUUGGUCAUUUUGGAGAAGAAGGCUGCUGCAGAGAUCAGGCUGAUGCUGAAGACUAUGGUGACUGAUUCUGAGAGGAGACAAGCCCUGAUCCAGGAGCUCAUCCAGUCCAACAGCCAAUUAAAGGAAGAGGUCCAGCAGCAACAGGCCCGGGCAGCGCAACAGGCCCAACGGGCCGCCGAGCUCCAGGGAGUGUUGGACACAGUAAAGGCUAAAGUCCAGGGUCUGGAGGACAGCUACAUCAACAAAGCUGCGCAGCAGCAUGUCCAAGUCAAGCAGCUGCUGCAGGACCAGAAGGAGGCGCAGGAGCGGCACCAGGCCCUCGAGCAGAAGUUGGCUAAAGAGAGAGAGGUGAUUGCCCAGCUUCAGCAGAAGCUUUACUUUGCUGUGAAGGAGGAGGAGCGGCGAGUGGCCAGGCAGAACCAAGUCUUUCAGCAGAUUCAGAAGAGGUCCAUCCGGCCACAUUCGCCCCUGGACCAGCGGGUGCUGGAUGUCAUAGAUGUCUAUGAAGCCCAGAUCCAUGAGUUACACACAGAGCUGAAGGAUCUUAAAGAAGGCCAUGGUGGGAAAGAUCAGGCUGACCCACAGCCUGACAGAAAAAAUCAAGAGAGCAAUGCAUCAGAUUCCAGAAAAGCACUUCUCAAGUCCUACCAGGAGCAGCUGAAGGAGACCAAGGCCCAGAGAGAAGAACUGAGAGGUGAAAUCCAGCGCUUGAAGCAGGACUUGGAGUACAGGCCCACGGUGAAGGAACUAAAGUCCUACAAACACCAGCUGAGACGGAUGGAGAGAAUUAUCCAGCAGAGCAAGUUGGGUCAGCCAGCCAAGGCAGAUGAAGACAGUGCGGAUGUGCACAGCACAGAACUAGAGAACAUCGAGCGCCUGCAGGCCAACGUCUGCAGGAGGUACCUCAAGAGUGCCUGUCAGGAACUGGAGGUCCAGGAUUUGACUCAUCUUGUUCCAGCCAUUAAAUUAAGGGCUAGACAGGCAGAGUCUUGUCUUAGACUUGUGAAGAUUCUCAGCGCCAUCAAGACAACCCUGAGCAGUCCCAGAGCUCCGGUGCAACUGCUUAAGCAGAAACCCAGCCGUCAGUCACAUAAUGGGGAUGGACAAGAUGUGGAAUUUGAGGAGCUCCACCCAGUGGUGGAAAUGUGGGCGGAGCAACUAAGCUCUCUGAAGGAGCUGCAGUGUGCAAUGAAGAAGCUGAUGCAGAGGCUGUUGCCCUGGCAGCCAAUAGAGGACAGCAGUAGCCCCCAAGAGGGGGUAAGAGUGGAGGAGCUGCUGUUGAUGGUGGACACCCUGCUGGAAGAGACAGCAAAAAGCGACUCCAAGGAAAUGCAGAGUCCCACCAAACACUCUCUCAAGUCAAUGGUGUCCCACUUCCAGAAGCUGUUUGACGUGGCCUCUCUCAGUGGAGUGUACCCUCGCAUGAACGAGGUCUACACCAAGCUGGGGGAGAUGACCAAUGCCAUGAGAAACCUUAGGGAUGUCUUGGGCAUGGAUGACCGAGCUCCCCCUAGUGAGGUAGUGAAUCAGGUGGCACAGGUAACAUCCUCCAUGGGCCUUACCACCAGCCAAGAGCUGCACAACCUGCUGGGAACUAGCGACAUCGACAGCAUCAUCACAAAGCUGGAGGAGCAUGAGGAGUUCUUCCCUGCAUUCCACGCUCUGGUUCAGCAGCUGCUGCAGACUCUAGAUAUCCAGUGCCUGGAUGACAUUUUGCCUGCAGUGUGCCAGUUGAAAUCCAGGACAGACUGAUUGAACAAUGUCACUGGAUAAAGUGGUGGUGUGGAUGCUUGAUAAUGUUGUGGCAUUUCAUGUUAAGGGGCUGUAUGUGCUAUUAGAAAACAACUUAUAAAUAUGUUGC